AUGGACAAGCAGGCCCCUAGCCUGAAUGAUUGCCUAUACUCUGGCCCAUCCUUGACUAGUCAUUUAACCGACUUGUUGUUGAAAUUCCGUCUCGACCCAUUUGCGGUAUCGGCAGACAUCAGCAAAGCCUUCUUACGGGUAGGUCUCCAACCUAGGGAUCGUGAUUAUACACGUUUCAUUUGGCUAAAAGAUCUUAACAAUGAAAAGGACCUUCAAGCCUAUAGGUUUAGAUCAGUUCUCUUUGGAGCCACCUGCUCACCUUUUUUACUCCAGUCAGCCUUGCAACAUCACUUUGAAACCUACCCCACUUCACCUGAAGUUAGUUUCCUCAUGACCAAAUUUUAUGUGGACAACUUAAUUGGUUCCUUACCAACAACAGUCAGCGUCUACAGCCUUUACAAGGUUGCAAAGGAAGUCCUGUCAGAUGCCGGAAUGCCUUUAAGAGAAUGGAUCAGUAAUGACCCAACCUUCAACGAAAUGUUAAAACAAGAAGGUGAUGGAACAACAGAAGGCUCAGAUCUUGUCAAAGUUCUAGGACUUCAUUGGAACUACAAGACUGACCACUUAAGCAUAAAAACCCCCUACCUUUGA